AAUAUGAGACCAAAAAUCCAAAAUAUGAGGUUGAAGGCAGAGAAGAAACUUAGCACUAGCAGUUUGGUUAAGUAGGCUACGCCUUAAUCCUUAUCCUGGCGGGAGAUAGAGAUAGAGUGACAGACAGACAGAGAGAAAACAAGGAAGAGAAUGCACGCAUCAGUCCAACCGCAUCCGUUAACAUGCUACUAUCUCUCUUUCUCUUUCUAUUCUUCUUCCACUAACCAUUACCAAGGUAAUUGUCGUAGUAUUAAUAAGGAAUUUAGAAGAAGGAAGAUUAUUAAUAUGUCAUCAUCAUCAUCUGAAACGGUAAAAAAUGGUAAUUUAGUUGUUAGUAGAGAGCAGCUUUACCUUGGCAUGGACUUUGGUACAUCAGGGGCAAGAUAUGCUCUCAUUGAUAAAUACGCGCAACUUCAUGCUGAGGCCAAGAGAGAAUACCCUCUUUAUAUGAAUGGAGAAUCCAUUGACUGGGCGCGCUCAUGGAAAGAAACACUUUUCUCAUUGCUUGAAGACAUCCCACUCCAUCUUCGACCUCAUAUCGCUUCCAUUUCUAUAGAUGGCACCUCUGCUACAACUAUAAUUGUUGACAGCUGUACAGGGGAGCCAUUAUGUAGACCUCUUUUGUAUAAUGAGACCUGCUCGGAUGCUCUACCAGCAGUUAAGUCCAUAGCUCCUCCAAACCAUACAGUCUGUACUGCCUCCUCUACACUGUGCAAGCUGGUUUCUUGGUGGCAUUCUCAUAGUCAGGACAAGGGCUCUAGAUCUGCAGCAUUAUUACAUCAAGCAGAUUGGUUAUUAUGGCUUCUCCAUGGAAAGUUGGGCAUAUCAGAUUAUAACAAUGCUCUCAAGGUUGGUUUUGACCCUGAGCUGGAUGCGUAUCCACCUUGGCUUCUCGCGCAACCUUACUCGAGUUUGUUACCUUCUAUCAUAGCUCCAGGAUCUCCAAUAGCAAAUAUAAAAGAACAAGUCAGUAAACAAUUAGGAUUUUCGGAGGAUUGCAUUGUUUGUGCAGGAACAACUGAUAGCAUUGCCGCGUUUCUUGCAGCUCGUGCCACAGAACCAGGGAAGGCGGUAACAUCUCUGGGGUCAACACUUGCAAUAAAACUGCUAAGCAAAAGCAGGGUUGAGGAUGCACGAUUUGGAGUAUACAGUCAUCGGCUUGAUGAUAAGUGGCUUGUUGGAGGAGCUUCAAAUACAGGAGGGGUUGUUCUGAGACAACUCUUUACUGAUGAGCAGUUAGAGAAGUUGAGCCAGCAGAUUAACCCUGCACUACCUUCUUCACUAGAUUACUACCCUUUACCAGCUGUUGGGGAGAGAUUUCCUGUAUCGGAUCCCAGCAUGAAGCCCAGGUUACAUCCGCGUCCUGAUAGUGAUUCUGAUUACUUGCAUGGUAUCCUUGAAUCCAUCGCACGCAUAGAGGCAAAGGGUUAUGGCCUACUUAAAGAUCUGGGUGCAACUGAGGCAGAUGAAAUUUUCACAGCCGGAGGUGGUGCCAAGAAUGAUAAAUGGACGAAAAUUCGAGAGAGAGUACUUGGUUUGCCUGUUAGUCGAGCUGCUCAAACAGAAGCUGCUUUUGGUGCAGCUCUAUUGGCAUUGAAGGGUGCUAGAUCAAAGGAAUAAAAUCACCUACAUCAUGCUAAACUAAAUCAAGAGAAUUAAUGUAUAGGCUUUUAUUUUGGACUUAAUUUGUAUUCUAAUCGCCCUUCCUCAAGUUGUGGCUUGUGAGUGCUUUCUUGUUUGGCAGUUCUUCAGAUCUUCUCUUCAAAAAAUUGCUUGCUUUAUAUUCAAUUCCUUACGAACUACUCAUAUACUCAAUGAUAUUAGAUUGUCUUUUAAUCUCAA